GGCUGAGGUACUUCCACCCGGAGGAGAUGCCAAAUUAGCCAUCACCUGCAUUGAGUCUCACGCAGUCAUUUAUGACCAUGUGUCAAAAGGAACGAUCACCCACGUUUACGUGUGGCGCAGGAGAUGACUUUCUUCAUAAUUCCGUGGCGACAGGGAAGCGCUUUCGGGGUCUCAAUCCUCAUGCGGCCGUGUCAUUGCUUUUACCUUUAGAAGCGCGUGUCAGCGGCACAUGUGCUGCCUUUCUCGAUCGUAGAUCAAUCAUGACGACCCCGACCCAUUUCCCAAGGGUUUCUCGAUCUUUUCUUGUAGAUUCUUUCAAUCCAAAAUUCGCGCCGAGUUUCAUCGAUACUAAUGGCGGCAUCUGAUGGAUAUUUCCUUGAUACCAGAUGACCCGAGCAGCCUCCCCUUGACGGGGAUGUCGGCGUUCGUCGGACAACCCCCCGCAACUCAGAAUGAUUAUUUUAUCGUCAAGGGUCUCUUCCACAUGGCCGGAAUGACGACUGCCAACCCGAUGACAGGUUAUUCCCUCGUCGCCAAGCAACCUCCCGACGACCCCCACGAGACGAAGUUGCCCGGCGUUUUGGCAGGCCUCAUUUUUGUUAUCCUAGCUGUCGUUGCGCCCACAGUUGCAAGAAUAUGGCUUAGAUUGCGAAGAGGUUCAGUAAUCCAGUUCGGCUGGGACGACUGGACCAUCAUCAUCGCUGCUCUUCUAGCUCUCGUUUACCCAAUUGCGCAACUUCAUUCCCUUGCAAUCGGUGCGGCUUCCCUCCACGUCUGGGAAGUCAGUUACGAACAAUUCAACAGCGGCGUGAUGGUUGCCAUGGUUUCCAACACAACGUUCUUCGCUGCCGUGGGCAUGAUUAAGCUCUCCAUAGCAAUAUUCAUGCGAAGACUAGCGGACAGACUCCCAAGGUGGUGGCGGAUCGCAUGCGACAUCUUCGUCGGAUCGACUCUCGCAUACAUCUUACUCGCCAUCUUUCUCAACGUCUUUGCAUGCAGCCCGCCGGCAGCGCAGUGGAACCUGGUAAUCCGGGGUAGACGAGAGUCUGCUCCUUCGUGUAUCGACAUCGACAUCCAGUCAAAGAUUCUGACCGGCUUUCAUGUGGCGCAGGGACUCAUCCUGAUGACCGCGCCUGCUGUGAUACUGUUGAAGAUUCGGAUGGGAAUGGCAAAGAAGGUUCGACUGUUCGCGAUCUGGAUGAUUGGUGGUUUGGCAGUUUUGAGUGGUUUACUACAUCAGAUUCUCCCCCCGGUCACCAACGACUAUACGUGGGACUACACAGAAGCCCUGAUAUGGGCAUGCCUGGACUUGUCAUUAGGAAUUGUGACAGCUUCACUGCCAGUUUUGGACAGCUUGAUGGAGGAGUACUGGAGAAGGGCAAAGACCACCAUGGUCAAAUCAUACGGCGGAAACGCGUCAUCAAGAUCACGAACGAGCGAGGAUAGCGCCUGGCCAUACAUCAAGACUGCAGGUACAGACAAGAGUCGGAAACAUGCGGCGAGACCUCCUAUCACCAACAUAACAAUUCCCAUUGAACGCUCAGAGUCUAGGGAGAGCAUCGUCAAAAGGGAGGAAUAUCACGAAACCAAAGUUGGCGCGAUCGAGAUGGGCAUCUUGUGCACUCAAGAGAUUGAGGUGCAUGUCUCUGAUGCGGAUGAUGUGGAAAAGGGCCGGGCGGAAAGUCGAGGACCAAGAUCACCAUCACCAUUUUACCACAAUAGGCCAGAAUGGCACGACAAGUCUCAUAAGUUUUAAUCAUGAUAUAACUGAAGGUUACCACAUUCAAUCGCGAGUAUGGAAGACUUCAACAAAUGGGACCCGGAUUAACAGCUAACUCUAU